GGGACAGAGAAGACUUGACCAGAUGCCCCCUCCAGAGUUCUGACCUCACCCCCUGGAGCCUGAGGACUCUGCUCCCUGGGGUGGCUUCCAGUUCAGGCCGCCCCUGCCCGCGAUGGCUGUCCUUCCGCUACUCCUUUGCCUGCUACCGCUGGCCCCCGCCUCAUCUCCACCCCAGCCAGCCACAUCCAGCCCCUGUCCCCGCCGUUGCCGCUGCCAGACCCAGUCGCUGCCCCUCAGUGUGUUGUGCCCAGGGGCGGGCCUUCUGUUCGUUCCGCCAUCACUGGAUCGCCGCGCUGCGGAGCUGCGCCUGGCGGACAAUUUCAUCGCGGCAGUGCGUCGACGAGACCUGGCCAACAUGACGGGUCUGCUGCAUCUGAGCUUGUCUAGAAACACCAUCCGCCACGUGGCAGUUGGCGCCUUCGCCGACCUCCGUGCCCUGCGUGCCCUGCACCUAGAUGGCAAUAGACUGACCUCGCUGGGCGAGGGUCAGCUGCGCGGUUUAGUUAACUUGCGCCACCUUAUCCUGAGCAACAACCAGCUAGCAGCCCUGGCAGCUGGUGCCCUAGACGACUGUGCCGAGACCCUGGAGGACCUCGAUCUCUCUUAUAAUAACCUUGAGCAGCUGCCCUGGGAGGCUUUGGGUCGCCUGGGCAACGUCAACACGUUGGGCCUUGACCACAACUUGCUAGCUUCAGUGCCCGCUGGAGCCUUUUCCCGCCUGCACAAGUUGGCGCGACUGGACAUGACCUCCAACCGCCUAACCACCAUCCCCCCUGACCCACUCUUCUCCCGUCUGCCUCUUCUUGCCCGGCCUCGAGGUUCGCCAGCCUCUGCUCUGGUGCUCGCCUUCGGGGGAAACCCCCUCCACUGCAACUGUGAGCUGGUGUGGCUGCGACGCCUGGCUCGGGAGGAUGACCUCGAGGCCUGUGCCUCUCCACCUGCUCUAGGGGGCCGCUACUUCUGGGCCGUGGGAGAGGAGGAGUUUGUGUGUGAGCCACCCGUGGUGACCCACCGCUCACCUCCCCUGGCAGUGCCCGCAGGUCGACCAGCUGCCUUGCGUUGCCGGGCAGUAGGAGACCCAGAGCCACGAGUGCGUUGGGUAUCACCCCAGGGUCGGCUGCUGGGCAACUCCAGCCGUGCUCGUGCCUUCCCUAAUGGGACCCUGGAGCUACUGGUCACUGAGCCGGAAGAUGGUGGCACUUUCACUUGCAUUGCAGCUAAUGCCGCUGGCGAGGCCACUGCUGCUGUUGAGCUGACCGUGGGUCCCCCUCCACCCCCCCAGCUAGCCAAUAGCACCAGCUGUGACCCCCCGCGGGACGGGGAACCCGAUGCCCUCACCCCGCCCUCUGCGGCUUCUGCCUCCGCCAAAGUGGCGGACACCGUGGCCCCUACCGACCGUGGCGUCCAAGUGACUGAGCACGGGGCCACAGCAGCUCUUGUCCAGUGGCCAGAUCAACGGCCAGUCCCGGGCAUCCGCAUGUACCAGAUCCAGUACAACAGCUCGGCCGACGACAUCCUCGUCUACAGGAUGAUCCCAGCGGACAGUCGCUCCUUCCUGCUGACCGACCUGGCGUCGGGCCGUACCUAUGAUCUGUGUGUGCUCGCCGUCUAUGAGGACAGUGCCACCGGGCUGACAGCCACGAGGCCAGUGGGCUGCGCUCGGUUCUCCACGGAGCCUGCACUUCGGCCUUGUGCUGCACCGCACGCACCCUUCCUGGGCGGCACCAUGAUCAUCGUGCUGGGAGGUGUCAUCGUCGCUUCCGUUCUGGUCUUCAUCUUCGUGCUGCUUCUACGCUACAAGGUGCACGGAGGCCAGCCGCCCGGCAAGGCCAAGGCCGCUGCACCUGUCAGCAGCGUUUGCUCCCAGACCAACGGAGCCCUCGGCCCCGUGCCCAGCGCGCCUGCCCCUGAGCCUGCUGCACCCAGGGCCCAUACUGUGGUCCAAUUGGACUGUGAGCCCUGGGGGCCCAGUCACGAACCUGCAGGACCCUAGCCAAGGGCCCACCUCUACGGCUCCUCUGGCCCCAGGGACACUCCUUGGGACCUGGCCUCAGACUCACCAAAUUGCUCACGGUUUUUAAAACUCUGAUGGGGAGGGUGUCGGGGCACCGGGGCACAACAAGAAAGUCCUAUUUUUCUAA